AUGACAGAGACAAAUCCAAUUUCCUAUACAAUUAUUCAAUAUUCGUUGAUUACGGAUCAAAUUCUUCAGAAAUGUUCUACAUUAUUUAACAACAAUUACGGUGUUUGGAACAACAAUGCUUCUCUUCACAGUAAUAAUGUUUUACAAACUGGUUCUCGUGUUAAACUGGGAGUCAAGCGUCUUCGUGAAUUGAUGCUUUUCAAUGAUCGUUGUUUUCUUGUAGUAGCAGAGAUACGUUCAUUAGAAAAAGAUCAAUUUGAACUGAUCGGUCACGCUUUCAGCACAUAUGUCAAUUAUAAUCGUUUAAACGGCAAUGUUGUUUGGAUCACUCAAUUAGUUGUUUGCUCGACUUGCCGAGGUCGAGGUGUAGCAGGUACUUUACUUUCUUUGGCUAAGAAUAAUAUUCAAGAUGUUGUUGCUAUGGGACUUGCAUCUUCACAUCCAUAUGCUGUAAUGGCUCUAUGCAACGCUUGCAAUCGUAUUCCAAUUAACUUGAAAUUUAUUGCUGAUCAUGCAAAAGAUAUUAUCGAAAUUUGUAAAAUUCCUUAUAUUUCUCGUAGUCAAGUUAUUGGUUCGAUUUUUGAUAAACAAUCUUCUCAAAUGGUUGAUAUCGACGAGCAACCUGUUUCUCUCAUAAAAACUGAUUUUUUUGUUGAUCAUAAGGAAGUUUUAACAAUAUUAGAAAAAAUUCAACAGACAUGGAUUCUCGGACCUCUUUUAGAAGGUCAUGAAUUUGUGAUCAUAUUACCAACUACAUCCGUUCGCCGUUCAAGAACUCCCUCAAAUACAUUUUCAUCAAAUAGUUCACCAUUAGAGAAACAACCGUCGAUGUAG